CGCGACCUGAAGGAAGUGACUGUUAGUUAACUGACGGAAAGGGAGGCAUGGGCUUGUCGACUUCCCGGGUCCUUCUUUGGACCUGGAUCUGCAUCCUUGUGAUGUUUGUUGGUUCAGAGACGACCGCCUGUCACAGUGAAUGGUGCCGUCGUCAGGAGGGAAGCAGCAACUUGAAGGGGGGUGGAAGAAAUCUCCAGCAGCAACUGGGCUUACUCGAGAUCGAGGAUAAAGCACUCCUUGCGGAUGGGGUGGACCUGAUCAAGCACAGAGGGGACAGAUCAGCGGACACAGUGUUCGUCAUCCAUACUGUCGCCUUGUCAUCGGGCGACUCGGAGAUGUUGGACACCAUUUACUACACUGAAAGCAGUGUACAGCUGGUUAACCAUACUUGGUACAGUGAGCAGCCAACGGCGAAAAAGAUCGAGUGGUCGAAGGAGCUUGGAUUCUACAAUAUCUCCGUCAUCGGCGGUCCGUGGUCAAGGCGAGUCGACAAGGACAUAGCGCGUUUCAACUCCACAGGGCUUUCGGGCCUCAUUGUUGUGAAUGCUGAAAGGUUGAUUGUGUCUGAGACGUUGAAUGAUCGCCUGAUAGCGCUCGAUCUCAAGAAUGGAACGACGUUUGAAUUCACAACAAAGCUAAGGUAUCCGCUUCAAAUAGCAAAGCAUCCGCAGCGCGAGACGUUCUUCGUGUCGAUGAGAGAUCGCAUCCGCGAAGUACCGCUAACAGGGCCAGUAGAUGCGAACACGAUCCGUCGGGUAGCAGGUCCUAACGGGCGGGACGAUAAAACAGGUUUCGCUGAUAGCCGUCUGUUUGACACAGAUGCCAGGUUCGACAUGCCGAUGAUUGCGCCACAAGCGGUAUCGCGAAAUGGUGCAUGGUUAUAUGUGGCCGAUUAUUUCAACAAUGCAGUGCGCCGGGUGGACCUUGCUAAAAGCACCACAGAAACCAUCGCUGGAGGCACCGGUAAUCUCACUUUCGGCGGGGACGGACGAGGAUUUAACAGGACAAGCAGCGUAGCGCUGACUUCUAAUGCGUGCAACUUGUUUGUCUCUGAAGACGGAGGGAUGAUCCACUGGCUCAUCUUUGACAAGCCUUCAACCAACGCCAGCAAUAGAACAGUCGUGGCGACCUUGCGGAGACCAGACGGGUCGCCAAUAGCAAUAAACGCCCUUGCACUUACGAACAACGAUCGUUUCCUGUUUGCCGGCACUGGCGACGGUCAGAUCCUAAGGCUCCAGCUGAACUCCUCUGCUCUCCAUCAGUGUCACAACGACACAUCGGAUUCUGAUGGUUCGUCGGCUCGUCCUGGUAAGUCGGUGAGUGAUGAGAGAAGAAACAUUCUUCUCUUCGGCAUGUGUGUUGGCCUGGGGUGUGCACUGUUCAUCUUGUGUGCAAUUCUAGCCGGUAUGUACGUCAUGACUUCCUUCAGCCGCAAUGAAAGUCCCUUGUCGAAGAGUUCGCUCAGGACGGUGAACUUAUCCGACGGUACGACGGGAAGCCAUGAUGGGAGGGAUACCUCUCAGUUAUUCUUUGCCACCAUCUCAACUUCGGAACCUACCCUCAGUGCAUCGAAGGGCAGAGUCCCGGGGAGUGAAAGUGCAGAAACAGGCAUUAAAAGGUCCCCCCGAUCGCGCGCCGUCGCCAAGACCAGUGUCUGGGAAUUCCAGCUUUCGGUCCUCGAUUAUGCAAUCGCCAGCGGGCAUCCACUUAACGGCAAGGGUGGCGCGUACGGCGACGUAUACAAAGCGUGCUUGCUGAUCAAGGGCAAAAGCACUGAUGUGGCCAUCAAGGUCAUGAGAGGUGAAUUCAACAGGGUCAAGCACAGGCAGUUCAAGACAGAAGUGAACACGCUUAUGAAUGUGCAGCACAAGAACCUGUGCAAGCUAUUGGGCUACUGCGCGGAGGAAAACAAGUGCAUUCUCGUGUAUCCAUUCAUCGACGGUGGAUCCCUCUACGAUCGAUUGCAUGCCUGUCGUCACGUGCGCAAUGCAGUGCUGCCGCAACAUGAAGGUGGGGGACUGGAUGCCGAAAGCCUUGAGCCCUUUAAUUGGCAGGAGCGGAUGCUCAUCGUGAAGCAGGUAGCGAGUUGCUUGCGGUACCUGCACGACGAGCUGGAGCAGCCAAUAGUGCACCGAGACGUCAAGACGGCAAACAUCCUCGUACGGGGGAGGGGAACGAGAGUGCAUGCGUACUUGAGCGACUUCGGGCUCGCCAAGCUGAGAGACGUCAGCGAUGACGAUACCAAUCCGCACACGACGACUGGUCAUACGACGUUGCCCACAGUGACGACAUCCGGCACUCCUGGCUACAUGCCCCCCGAGUACUUGCUGGAAUCGAGACUGACGAUGUCAAGCGAUGUUUUCGCACUUGGGGUUGUGAUGCUUGAGCUCGUCACCGGAUUGAAAGCAGUGAUCAGAUGCACAGAAAACGAUCGCCUCGCCCUCUACUCGUGGGCUCGGCGGAGGCGGGCAUACAACCUGGAGACUUACGUCGAUGAGAGAUUGGCAGGUUCGUUAUCCAACGUCGAAUGGCAUAUGGCAGGGGAGGUCGUCGAGCUAGCUCUCUGGUGCACCGGGGAUCGUCCGUCCAAGAGGCCCUCCAUGUCAAGAGUUGUCCAUGAGCUGGAGAGAAUCAUCAUGCAAGAGGAAGGUAAGCGCUGACACAGAUCUGGAAUGGGGCCUUGCAGACGGGGGGG